AAGAAACUUGGCGGACCGCGCGGAAGCGUCCCGCGCGCCGCCGGGGCUGGCGACCAUGGAGGAGCCCCCGCCGCGAGAGGAGGACGAGGACGAGGAGGAGGCAGGGCCCGAGGGCGCCCUGGGCAAGAGCCCCUUCCAGCUGACGGCCGAGGACGUGUACGACAUCUCCUACGUGGUGGGCCGCGAGCUCAUGGCCCUGGGCAGCGACCCCCGCGUGACGCGGCUGCAGUUCAAGAUCGUACGCGUGCUGGAGAUGCUGGAGGCGCUGGUGCAGGAGGGCAGUCUGGCGGCCGAGGAGCUGAAGAUGGAGCGGGACCACCUCCGGCGCGAGGUAGAGGGGCUGCGCACAGCUGGCCCGCCCACAGCGGGAGAGGUGAACCUGGGACCAGACAAAAUGGUGGUUGACCUGACAGAUCCCAACCGUCCCCGCUUCACUCUACAAGAGCUGAGGGAUGUGCUUCAGGAGCGCAACAAGCUCAAGUCACAACUGCUUCUGGUACAGGAGGAAUUGCAAUGCUAUAGGAGUGGCCUUAUUCCACCAAGACAAGCCCCAGGAGGAAGAAGAGAAAAAGAUGCUGUGGCUACCAGGGCCAGCAAUAGCAACAGGGACAAGGAGGAGAGGACGAUCAUGAAAAAGCUGUUCUCUUUCCGGUCUGGGAAGCAGAUCUAAAUUGAAAGUCAUAGCGAGGCAGUGGCCUUCAGCCUUGAAGAGAAGAUGUCGUCUAGAACUGUCCCUCUACACUGUGUCUACAUGGUGCUUGGUCCUUUUACCUGCUCUCACAGCAGCCUGAGGAGGAAGAAGAUGAAUUCUCAUGGGUUCACUGCUCCCUAGUUGUAGAACUGGACAACCAUGAACGUUUGGCCAGGACAGAAGUAACAGCACCAAGAAAUUAAGGAAGCAGAAGGGCCACCUCUUGCCCAGAGAAGCCUCUGGCAGGCAUAUAGUACUAGCUCCACGGAUAACCCAUCCUUUAACAUGUGGCAGAGUGAGAAAAGUGGGAAAAUAUGGAAUUGACUUCAGUGAUAUUUCAUGAGUACUCAAUUUUGCUCAAACAACUUUCUUUCCAUGGUUUUGUAUUAAAGUGGCUUUUGUAGUUUC